GAGUCUGUCACACUGCGCUAGUUGGGCCAUUUUAUGAGAGACCUAUUCACGCCAUUAUAGUUUAUAAUAAGGCAGCUCGGCGGCUCGGCUGACUGGGGGUGUCGGGAGUUUAGAGAGUCGCCUUGCAGGGCUGCUGAGCCUCUAUAUAACCUUUCCCCCACCCCUGUCUGCCUGACCAGUCUCUCCUGCUAUAUAAUGUGCUGGGUGUCAGCCCGCAAACCUACUAUCCCGUUAGCUAUAGAGCAGCGGGCAGUGCAGGGAAGCCUCAUAGUGAGCCGGCUGCUACUGCGCUCAUUGGUUCCCUGGAAUAGGGGCGUGGCUAGCUUUCUGGUGCGAAAUCUGAACUGAAGGAAUAUGGCGUUUGGGUCACGGCGGCUCCUGCUUCCCUUCGCUUUGCUCCUUACAGGGUUUUUCGACUUAUCAGAUGCUUCUGAUUUGCUUGAUACUUUAGGAUGCAAAAGUUUACUGAGUCGUCAAGUGUCUGAGGGACAAAAUUUUACAUUUCUGAACGGAUCGACCACUCUAUCUAGUUUAUCGCGGCUGUGGCCCUCAGGAAGUUUGAUCUGUGAAUGGCUCAAUGGAACUGUGAAGGAAAAUUACUUAAAAUGCACCUAUGGAAACUUGUCUGUCAUUCUAAUCAAUGUACAGCGCAAUGACUCUGGGAUAUACCAGCUUAACAAUGGACCUUGUAUAAACCUCACCGUUACUGGUGAUUUAUCCAGUACAUCUCCAUCUUCCACGGAUCAAGCUGAACCUUCUCCUCCUCCUCCUCCUCCUCCUCCUCCUCCUCCUCCUCCUACUCCUCCUCAUUCCCCAAGAUCUCGUAUUUCCCUUGCCAUUCCCUUCGUGGUCAUUCCCUUUGUGGCUGUGCUAUUUGUACCGCUCAAGGAAACGAGGGGAAAAUACCAAUGACAACAUCCAGAGUUACUGCAAGGUUGCACAAAAUGGGAAAGAAACCUCAGCACCCAC